GAGCCCUGCUCCCCUCCUGGCCCGCUCAUCUGCCCGCGGUCCCGAAAGGAGGAUCAGGGUCUCUCGCGGACUACACGCCGCCCCCAGGCUCGCACUCGCUGCGGUAUUUCCACACGGCCGUGUCCCGGCCCGGCCUCGGGGAGCCCCGGUACAUAGAAGUCGGCUAUGUGGACGACACGGAGUUCGUGCACUUCGACAGCGAAUGCAGAAGAAUCCGAGGAUGGAGCCACGGGCGCCAUGGAUGGAGCAGGAGGAGCCCGAUUAUUGGGAGAGGGAGACAGGGAAAGCCAAGGUCAACCAGCAGACAUUUCUAAGGAACCUACGUGCCCUGACCGCCUACGACAAGCAGAGUCACAAGGGUUUCAUCCUGACCCGAGGAGCAGAUGGCCUUGGGCGGCCCAGAGACCCCGGGACAAACGCGCUCUGUCCCCAGCACAGGGUCAGACAAAGUCUUGGUCCCGGUCGGUAAGGUCCCGGUGGAGAAGCCCACCGCUGGUGAUUCCUCUGUUCCCAGUUUCACUUCUCCAGCUCCUGACCUGUGUCAGCUCCUUCUGCCCGGACACGUUUCUCAACCCCAUUGGCUGUCGAGAUCCCGGAGAACCAAUCAGCGUCGCCGCGUGUCUAAAGUCCGAGCUGGGAGCCUGGACGCCCAGACCUGAUAGAGGGGCCAUGGAACCAUACGCGCUGCUCCUGCUGCUGGUGGCCGCCCUGGCCCAGACCCAGACCGGCGCGGGCUCGCACUCCAUGCGGUAUUUCUACACCAUCGAGUCCCGGCCCGGCCUCGGGGAGCCCCGGUUCAUCAUCGUCGGCUACGUGGACGACACGGAGUUCGUGCGCUUCGACAGCGACGCGGAGAAUCCGAGGAUGGAGCCGCGGGCGCCGUGGAUGCAGCGGGAGGGGCCGGAGUAUUGGGAGAGGGAGACGCGGAAAGCCAAGGACCAAGAGCAGAGUUUCCGAGUGAGCCUGAGGACCCUGAUCGGCUACUACAACCAGGGCGAGGGCGGCUCUCACACCUUCCAGUGGAUGCGCGGCUGUCACGUGGGGCCUGACGGACGCCUCCAACGCGGGUACAGUCAGUUCGCCUACGAUGGCAACGACUACCUCUCCCUGAACGAUAACCUGAGGACAUGGACUGCGGUGGACGCUGCAGCGUACAUCACCCAGAGCAAGUGGGACCUGGCUGGUGAAGCAGAGACACAGAGGGCCUACCUGGAGGGCGAGUGUGUGCAGUGGCUCCUCAGACACCUGGAGAACGGGAAGGAGCAGCUGCUGCACACAGAUCCCCCUAAGGCACAUGUGACCCAUCAUCCUGGACCUAAAGGUGAGGUCACCCUGAGAUGCUGGGCCCUGGGUUUCUACCCUGCGGACAUCACCCUGACCUGGCAGAGGGAGGAGGAGGAACAGACUCACGACAUGGAGCUGGUGGAGACCAGACCAUCUGGGGAUGGAACCUUCCAGAAGUGGGCAUCUCUGGUGGUGCCUUCUGGGGAGGAGCAGAAAUACACAUGCCAUGUGUAUCAUGAGGGUCUGCCUGAGCCCCUCACCCUGAGAUGGGAGCCUCCUCAGUCCACUGUCCCCAUCAUGGCAGUCAUUGCUGUUCUGGUUCUCCUUGGAGCUGUGAUCAUUGGAGCUGUGGUGGCUGUUGUGAGGAAGAGGAGGAGAAACACAGGUGGAAGAGGAGGGAACUAUGUUCCAGAUACAGGUCUGUGAAGCAAAACAAAAGGGCAGCCAACAGAACGGGAAAAGAUCUUCACCAAACCCAC